UCAGAAAUGGAGGUUGUCUUGGCAGUUGGUGAUGCAUUUCUCUCUUCAGCUUUUGAUGUUCUCAUUGAUAGGCUUGCUCCUCAGGGUGAUCUUCUAAAAAUGUUACGGCAGCGUAAGAAUGAUGUUGAGCUCUUAAAGAAGCUGAAAUUGACUUUGCUUGGUCUUCAAGCUGUGCUAAGUGAUGCAGAGAAUAAGCAAGCAUCAAAUCAAUUUGUGAGAGAGUGGCUUAAUGAGCUUCGACAUGCUGUAGACUCUGCUGAAAACUUGAUUGAACAAGUCAAUUAUGAAGCUUUGAGGCUUAAGGUGGAAGGUAAGGAUCAAAACCUUGCAGGAACACUAUUUAAACCUUGGAAAAUGUUCUUGGGUGAUGAUUUUUUUGGUAAAAUAAAGAACAAGUUGGAAGAAACCAUUGUUACAUUGGAGGUGAUGGAAAAGCAAAUUGGCCGCCUUGGCUUAAAGAAGCAUUUUCGUUCGACUAAACAAGAAAGUAGAACACCAUCAACUUCGGUUGAAGAAUCUGAUGUCUUUGGUAGGCACAAGGAAAUAAAGGAUUUGAUUGACCGUUUAUUGUCUGAAGAUCCAAGUGGGAGAAACCUGACUGUAGUUCCUAUUGUUGGAAUGGGCGGCGCGGGUAAGACAACACUUGCUAAAGUGGUUUACAAUCAUGAGAGGCUGAAGGACCAUUUUGGUUUGAAAGCUUGGUAUUGUGUUUCUGAGGCAUAUGAUGCUUUGAGAAUAACGAAAGGGUUACUUCAAGAAAUUGGCUCAUUUGACUUGAAGAUUGAUGGCAAUCUUAAUCAGCUUCAAGUCAAAUUGAAGGAAAGCCUAAAGGGAAAGAAGUUUCUUAUUGUUCUAGAUGAUGUGUGGAAUGAAAACUAUAAUGAGUGGUAUGACCUGAGAAAUCUUUUUGUACAAGGAGAUAUGGGAAGCAAGAUAAUUGUGACGACACGUAAGCGGGAUGUUGCUAAGACGAUGUGUGAUGAGAAGAUGGAUCUUUGCGCAAUCACCUUGGGGCCUUUGCCUAGAGACGACUCUUGGGCUUUAUUCAAACGACAUUCACUACAAAAUGGGGAACAUCCAGAACUUGAAGAGGUUGGGAAAAAAAUUGCAGAGAACUGCGAAGGGUUGCCUUUAGCUCUAAAGACACUUGCUGGUAUUUUACGCCGCAAAUCAAAGGUGGAUGAGUGGACAGACAUUUUAAAAAAUGAAAUAUGGAAGCAGCAAAUUUGUUUGAAUGAUGUAAUACCAGUGUUGAUGUUGAGCUACAAUGAUCUUUCUCCUGAUUUGAAGGGAUGCUUUGCUUUUUGUGCAAUAUAUCCCAAAGAUUAUCAAUUCUGCAAAGACCAAGUUAUUUACAUGUGGAUCGCUAAUGGUCUUGUAGAUAAGGUAUGUUCAGGUAACAAAAUCUUUGACGAGUUGAGAUCAAGAUCAUUGUUUGAGAGGGUCCCAGGGUCUAAAUGGAAACCGGAGAGAUUCUUAAUGCAUGACCUUGUCAAUGAUUUGGCCCAAACUGUAUCUUCAAAACUUUGUAUUAGGUUGGAAGAGAACGAAGGAUCUAAUGAUAUGUUGAAACAAUGUCGUCACAUGUCCUAUUCCAUGGGACAAGAAGGUGAGUUUGAGAAAUUGAAACCACUCUCCAAAUCAGAGCAGUUGAGGACAUUGCUUCCAAUCAAUAUCAGUUACUCAUCUCAGCUAAGCAAGAGGGUAUUGCAUAACAUACUGCCAAGACUGACAUCCUUAAGGGCAUUAUCAUUGUCUCAUUACAAGAUUAAGGAGUUGCCAAAUGACUUCUUUAUCCAAUUAAAGCUCCUCAGAUUUUUGGACCUUUCUUGGACACAUAUUGAAAAGUUGCCAGAUUCUGUUUGUGUAUUGUAUAACUUGGAGACACUUCUCCUGUCACAUUGUGUUAAUCUUGGGGAGCUACCGCUGCAGAUGGAGAAAUUGAUCAACUUGUGUCACCUCGAUAUAAGCCACACUUCUCUCUUGAAGAUGCCGAUACAUCCGAGCAAGUUGAAAUGUCUCCAUGUGCUAGUGGGAGCCAAGUUUCUUCUUGAUGGUCAUGGUGGUUUGAGAAUGGAAGAUUUGGGUGAAGUACAUAACUUGUAUGGAUCUCUAUCAAUUCUAGAGUUGCAAAAUGUGGUUGAUAGAAUGGAAGCUCUGAAGGGAAAUAUAAAUGGAAAGAAAAAUGUUGAGAAGUUGUCUUUGGAGUGGAGUGGAAGUAGUACUGCGGACAAAUCACAAACUGAAAGAGCCAUACUUGAUGGGCUACGCCCAUACACAAACAUAAAAGAACUCCAAAUCACUGGAUAUAGAGGGACAAGAUUUUCAGAUUGGCUAGCUGAUCCUUCGUUUAGUAAGCUUGUAGAAUUAUCCCUUAGCAACUGCAAGGAAUGUGAUUCCUUGCCAGCACUAGGACAACUCCCUUCUUUGAAAUUUCUUUCCAUUAGAAAGAUGCAUGGAAUAAUAGAGGUGACGGGAGAAUUCUAUGGCAGUUCAUCAUCCAAAAUGCCUUCUAACUCUCUUGAGAAGCUUGAAUUUGAAGAUAUGGGGGAGUGGAAGCAAUGGCACAGUCUAGGAAUUGGCGAGUUCCUCAUGCUUGAGAAGCUUUCAAUUAAAAAUUGUCCGAAGUUGAUGGGGAAGUUACCUGAAAAUCUUGUUUCUCUGAAAGAAUUGAGAAUUUUAGAGACACCUCUUUUUGAAGGAAUGAAGCAGAUUGUUGAAUUAUAUGUUGGUGAUUGUAACUCUCUUAAUUACCUCCUUACCUUUUAGGAUACUGCCGAGUACCUUGAAGAGAAUGAGGAUAACUGGUUGCCACGAUCCGCCAGUUGGUGAGAUGAGUUAUUG